AUGUUCCUCAAGACCCUCCUGCCCUUCCUUCUGGCCGCCCCUUUGAUCGAGGCCUCGAACUCGCUCACCAGAGUCGAGCGUCGUCAAUAUAUUGCUGCCAAUGACCUGAACCUUGGAAAUUGCAAGGAUACCAUGUUCAUCUUUGCACGUGGCUCUACAGAGGUUGGCAACGAGGGCACUGUCGUUGGACCCGAAGUAUGCGAUGACUUGAAGCUGCAACUCGGAGGCAAAGUUGGAUGUCAAGGUAUCGGCGGGGCUUAUACCGCCGGCCUGGCAGAGAACUUCCUCCCCCAGAAUACCGCGCCCCAGGAUGUGCAAGCCGCAGUGGAUGUAUUCAACAAGUGCAACACCAAGUGCCCCAACGCGAAAAUUGUUGCUGGCGGAUAUAGUCAAGGAAGUGCUGUCAUUGACAACGCAAUCCAGAAGCUGGAUUCAGAUGUGAGGGACAAGGUCAAGGGUGUUGUCCUCUUUGGCUUCACUCGCAACUUGCAGGACCAUGGUCAAAUCCCGGGUUACCCCAAGGACCAAACCAAAGUCUACUGUGCUGUGGGCGAUUUGGUCUGUGAUGGAACUCUUAUCAUCACCCCUGCCCAUUUGACCUACGGUGCCAAUGCUGGCUCUGCCGCCCGCUUCCUCGCUUCCAAGGUGAAAUAG